AUUAUUAUUUACGAGUAAAUCCAAGCUUAUUAUCGGCGGUGGCGGUGUUGCUUUGUCGAUCUGCUGCAAGCGGAUGUAGAUCUCUCUCUCUCUCUUUGAUUUCUCUAGAGAGAGAAAAGGAAACUCAAAACGAGAGAGGAGAAGGAGAAGGAGAAGAUGGAAUUCGAUGAGCAUGAUCAAGAGGAAACGGGUAACCCAAAUUACGAACCGGAAGUAGGAGACGGUAGUACUACUGCAUCUAGAAAAACCGGCAUCAGUUACAGGUACAGAGAGUGUCUCAAAAACCACGCCGUCGGCAUCGGCGGUCACGCCGUCGACGGUUGUGGAGAGUUCAUAGCCUCAGGUGAAGAAGGAACACUAGAUGCGUUGAGUUGCGCCGCUUGCAAUUGCCACCGUAAUUUCCAUCGAAAAGAACCCGACUCCGUUAGCGCUGGAAUCGGCAUCGGCGGCGGUGGUGGUGGCGGUGGGCAAGGGUUUCAUUAUCAUCACCACCAUGGUCCGCCUCCAUCUCACCUCCAUCACCAUCACCACAUCCCUUACUACCGAACAGCUGCAGCACCGUCUGGGUAUUUGCACGUGACGCCGCAGCAGUCUCGGCCGCCACUGGCGCUGCCGCCUUCGUCGACGUCUAGGGAUGAUGAGGACAUGUCGAAUCCAAGCAGUAGCGGAGGCGGCGGUGGAGGAGGGGGAAUUGGUGGAUCGAAGAAGCGGUUUAGGACGAAAUUUAGUCAAGAACAGAAGGAUAGGAUGCUGGGAUUUGCGGAGAGGGUUGGGUGGAGAAUUCAGAAGCAUGAUGAAGCUGCGGUUGAACAGUUUUGUGAGGAGAUGGGAGUGAAGCGUCAAGUGUUGAAGGUAUGGAUGCAUAACAACAAGCAUACUAUUGGUAAAAAGCCCUAAUUUAAUCUUCUCUCACUAGAAAUUGAUUGAUGUUGGAUUAUUUAGUUAGUUAAUUAGUUAGGGUUUUUGUUUAGUAAUUAUUCUACUACACUAUUUGGGGUUUGAUUAUUAUUGUUUGGUGGCUGUGUUGUAGUAGUGUUGUAAUAUUGAGUGUAAGACAAAUGAAGGCGAUUUCAAUUGCUCCAUUUAACUUGAAACUCGAUCUCUCAUUAUCUUAUAA